GAGGCGGGAGCGAAGGUGGACCGUGCGGCGCGGGCACGUGACGGACGGGUGGCCCUGUAGUGCCGCGGUGUGCACGUAUAUAGCCGGUGUGCGCGCGGCGCAGGGUCCAGGAGACCUCGACAUGUGGCUCGUGAGGAUCGCUCUGCUCGCGGCGGCGCUGGCGGCGGCCCAGGGCGCCGGGGCGCGCUUCGACAACUACCGCGUGUACAGCGUGCGGCCCGUCAGCCCGGCGCAGUUGGCAGCCCUGAGCCGGCUCCACGGGGAGUCCUCCGGGUUGUCCUUCUGGACGGACGUGGCGCACAACAGGUCCGUGCACGUGAUGGCGCCCCCUCACAUGUUCCCAGAGUUCGAGGAGAUGGUCGCCAGCCUGGGCAUGGACUUCGAAGUGUACAUCGAAGACGUGCAGAAGCUCAUCGAUAACCAACAGUCCGGAGAUAAAAGCGAAGCAACUUUCGGCUGGACCUCAUACCAUCGAGUGGAUGAGAUACACGCGUGGCUGAGGUCGCUGAGCGCCAGGUACCCGGGCGUCGUUACGCUGCUGAACGUGGGCAAGUCCACUGAAGGGCGCGACCUGCUGGGUGUCAAGGUCUCCUACAAGCGCGGCAACAAGGGCAUCUUCAUCGAGGGAGGCAUCCACGCGCGGGAGUGGAUCGCGCCAGCCACGGUCACCUACAUCCUCAACCAGCUGCUGACGAGCACCGACUCCCAGGUCAGGAGCAUGGCGCAGGAGUUCGACUGGUACUUCUUCCCCAGCACCAACCCCGACGGCUACGAGUACACGCACACCACGAACCGAAUGUGGCGCAAGACCAGGAGUCGCACCAACCUGCUCUGCUACGGAGCGGACCCCAACAGGAACUGGGGCUUCCACUGGAACGAGGGCGGCACCAGCACCAACCCUUGCGCCGACACGUACCACGGCUCAGCCCCGUUCUCCGAGCCGGAGACGAGGCUGCUGGCGGACUACAUCUCCACCAUCUCCUCCAACCUGAAGAUAUACCUGGCCGUGCACAGCUACACUCAGGUCAUCCUCACGCCGUACGGCAUCGCCGGCCUGCGCCCCGCCAAUGAGAACACUCUGUUGUCGAUCGGCCAAGUGGCCGCUCAAGCUCUCGCCAAGCGUUACGACACCCAAUAUCAAGUGGGAAAUAUAGUAGAUAUCAUGUACGUGGCGACGGGCAGCAGCGCGGACUGGGUGGUGGGCACGCAGCACGUCCCCCUCUCCUUCAUCUACGAGCUGAGGGACACCGGGCGGUACGGCUUCCUGCUGCCCGCGGAACAGAUCGUCCCGACCGGCGAGGAGACGCUGGACUCCCUGGUCGCUCUCGUCAACGCAGCCAAGAAGACCUUCUGAGGCUGUCUUCGCGUGCACUUCCACGCGUGCUUCUUUGAAUAAACCAACACUUGCAAA